ACAAAGCAAUUUGGAUGCCUAAUUGUAAUUGCAAACAUGCACCACCAAAUCAAAUUGAAAGAGUGAGUGAGUCAGUAAUUAGAGUAAAGAGGGAAACAGCAAUCUGUUUUAACGCUGGCAGACACACAGAUAGAUAGCUACAAAAUAUAUAAUAAAUCAGAGCAAGCAGCAGUAACUCAGUCUCAGAGGAAGGAAGGAAGGAUGAGGAAAGAUGAUAAAUGGGGUGGUGCUCCGGUGGAGAUAGAGGCAGAGCCAGCGACGACGUCGGAUGAGGUGAAGCAAGGUUGGCUGUUGAAGCCAGAAAAUAAAGAAAAUGGUGGUCACGACCAUGAGAGGAAUAUUGAUGGGAAAAAGAAGAAGAGGAGGAUGAUGAGCAAGAUUUUGGGGAGCUUGGUGAGCAUAAGGAGCCUAGUGGUGGUUGGGGUUGCCAUUCUGGUGGCCUUGAUCAUUGUCCUAGUUAAGAUUGCUCAACGCAACCACCAUCAUCUGAACUCUUCAUCACCUCACAACUAUACCACCGCCCUUCACCAAGCGCUCCUCUUUUUCAACGCCCAACGCUCUGGAAAACUGCCAAAGGACAACAAUGUUUCAUGGAGAGGUGAUUCCUGCUUGACUGAUGGCAACUCUAACACCAAAACUCUGGUUGGUGGAUAUUACGACGCUGGAGACGCAAGCAAGUUGAGCUUCCCUGCAUCUUUUGCCAUGACCAUGUUGAGCUGGAGUGUGAUCGAAUACAGUGCAAAAUAUGAAGCACUAGGAGAGCUAGACCAUGUCAAGGGCAUCAUCAAGUGGGGCACAGAUUACCUUCUCAACACCUUCAAUUCCUCUGCUCAUUCCAUUGCCAAUGUUGUUGCAGAUGUUAGGGGAGGAGAUCAUGAUGCUUACUCUCACGACUGUUGGAUACGUCCUGAAGAUAUUGACCAUCAAAGAACUGGACAAGAGUGUUAUAACUGCCCAGCCCUCGCUGCAGAAAUGGCUUCUGCUUUAGCUUCUGCAUCCAUUGUUUUCAAAGAUAACAUUAAGUACUCACAGAAACUUGUUCAUGGUGCUGAUUUACUCUUUAAAUUUGCUACCAAACAGCAAGGUGCAAAGUAUGCGGACGGUGCAGACCCGUCGUCCCCUCUCUACAAUUCUACUGGUUUCUGGGAUGAAUUUCUGUGGGGGGGAUCGUGGUUGUAUCUUGCAACAGGGAAUUUAUCCUAUCUUCAACUUGUUACUAACCCUGACUUGGUUGGGCAUGAAAGGGCUUUGUGGACCGACUCUGAUAAUAGGGUACUUAGCUGGGACAACAAGCAUGCUGGUGCUUUUUUGCUUCUAAGCCGACUGAGAUUGUUCCUGAGUUACGGCUACCCCUACGAAGAGAUGUUGAAAAAAUUUCACAGCCAGACUGAAGAAACAAUGUGCUCCUACCUUCCUGUUUUCUCAAGCUUCAGAAGAACAAAAGGAGGGCUGAUUCAGUUGAACCAUGGAAGGCCAAAACCUCUUCAGUAUGUAGUCUAUGCAGCAUUUUUGGCUCAACUAUAUAGUGACUACAUUGACGCUAUUUCUGCUCCUGGAUGGUAUUGUGGACCCACAUUCUACUCCAAUGUAGAACUGCGCAGGUUUGCCAGGACCCAAAUUGAUUACAUUCUUGGCAAAAAUCCUCGGGGUAUAAGCUAUGUUGUAGGCUUCAGUGAACAUUUUCCACAGCAUGUGCACCAUAGAGGGGCAUCCAUUCCCCACAAUAAGAUCAAGUAUGGUUGUAAAGGAGGAUUGAAAUGGAAAAACAGUCGGACACCGAAUCCAAAUACAAUUGUCGGGGCCAUGGUUGCUGGUCCUGAUAAGCAUGACAAUUUCCAGGAUGUCCGUUUCAAUUACAACUACACUGAGCCGAGCCUUGUAGGAAAUGCAGGUCUUGUUGCUGCACUUGUGGCACUAUCCAGUGGAACCCCUGCUGGUAUUGACAGAAACUCAAUGUUCUAUGCAGUUCCUCCCCUGACUUCACCCCCACCACCUCCUCCAUCACCUUGGAUACCCUGAGAUGUUUUAGUAACAUUCAUCUCGUGACUAUGUCGUCAAAUAUUCUUUUUUCCUAUUUUUUCUUUUAAAAACCAAAAACAAAAUUGAA